AUGAUGCGCGUACUGGAGGCCAACGCGCCUCCCAAGCAGACGGCUACCGACACAAUCAGCACGCUCAGUAGUCGACUAGCAAGCGCAACACUCCUUGAAGAUCGCCGCGCUGCCAUUCUUGGUCUUCGGAGCUUUGCAAAGGAAUACCCCGCCUCGGUAGCCUCUGGCGCGCUCCGUGGGCUCAUCGAGGCCAUCAGCAAAGAUGGAGACGACGUCGAUACACUCAAAGUCGUCUUGGAGACACUUCUGAUGCUCUUUCACCCAGACGAAGACAGCCCUGAAGCAUCAGAGGAGAUAGCUUUGUGGCUGGCAGACCAGUUCUCACAACGGCAAGAUAACAUAACUCUCCUCGCCGACCUUCUCGGAAGACCUGACUUCUACUCACGCCUAUACUCGCUACAACUCAUACGAGCUGUCGCCCUCGCACGCCCAGAACGAACACAAGAGUGCAUUCUUGCUGCCCCAGCAGGUAUAGAGAACCUCGUCGCUGUGCUGGAUGACCCGCGUGAUGCCAUUCGAACCGAGGGACUCGUGAUUUUGACUGACCUAGCGAGGUCCUCGACGGAGCUACAAAAGCUGUUCGUUUUCGAGGAUGCAUUUACCAAGGUCUUCAAUAUCCUCCAUGCAGAUGGAGGACUCACACAAGGCGGCGUAGUCGUGCAAGAUUGCCUCAGUCUCCUGGCCACCCUCGUUCGCUUCAACGUGUCCAAUCAAACCAACAUUCGAGAGAUGGGCCACGUUGCUAGAUUUGCUGCACUGCUUCCUGGCGGUAAGAAGCCUAAGAAAGCGCGGACAAGCAUGGAAGAGGAGGAUGACUGGGUUAGUCCGCAGAGCGACAAGAACAUCUGGGGUUUGUUGGCCAUCAUGCGCAUGUUCCUCGUCAAGGGUGCUGCAGGCACGAUGCAGAACCAGAACGUCUUCCACCAGAACGGUCUCCUGCGACAGCUACUCAACAUGGCAUUUGAUCCUGCGACAGCUAUGCCUAUCAAGGUCGAGGCACUCAAUACAUGUGCCGACUUGAUUAGGGGGAAUCCCAGGCUACAAGAAGGUUUUGCUCAGGAGCAGGUUCGACCCAUCAUCGAGCCUACGACCAAUGGCGCGACCUCGCCCAACGGAGCUGCUUCGGUCUACGUCAUUGAGGCAUUGCUAAAUCUAGUCCUCAGCGCCUCGCCCCCUGAUAUGUUUGAUCUGCGCACCGCCGGCUGUGAAUGCAUCAAGGCAUAUUUCUAUAAUCACAUGCAAAUACGAGGACAUUUCUUGAACCGUGCGAUUGGUGGCCAUGAGGAGGGCGAUGAGACCGCCAACGCAUUGACCAUCCUGAUGGCAGGUUCACAGGCAUCGCCAGCCUCCGACCCAUAUCGAAUUUGGUUUGCUGGUAUACUGAUCUACCACCUGAUUUCGAACGAUUAUCAAGCCAAGGACAACCUCAUGGGAGUUAGAGAGGGAGACGCAGAGAGCGGUGAGGAGGUUGUGACCUGCAUACAGACGCUUUCUGCGAACUUGAUUGCAAGUUUACAAGUUGGCGAGGACGAACGAAUACCGAUUGCCUAUUUGAUGGUUCUCUUGGGGUGGCUCUUUGAGGAUGCAGCAGCAGUCGAUGACUUUCUAGGCGAAGCAAGCACUUUGCAAAGUUUGGUUCAAGCUGUUUUGACCCCCGGAAGCGACAGAGUCAUAGUUCGCGGUCUCUGCGCGGCGUUACUCGGUGUCGUGUACGAAUUCUCGACAAGAGAUUCGCCGAUACCGCGACGCGAGCUGCAGCCAGUACUCACGUCCAAGCUUGGUCGUGACAAGUAUCUCAAUGCCAUUACUGAACUUCGACAUCACCCAUUCGUGCGGGACUUUGAGGUGCUGCCUCGAGGCGGAGGCUCGGGCGGUAGCCUACCUGAUGUCUACUUUGACGAAUCAUUUAUAGACUUUCUCAAAGACAAUUUCAGCCGCUUAAGUCGCGCAAUCGAUCGCAAUCCGAACAUUGAACAACACCAAUCACACGAUGGUGUUGACCGAGAUGUGGUCGAUGCGCUACGCGGCGAGUUGAACGAAAAGGACCAGUCUAUUGAGGAAUUGAAAGCGCAGGUCAUGACACUAGAGCAAAAGCUUGAUCACGAGCAAGCGGAGUAUCGCAAGUCGCAACAAGCAGCCGAAGAGCAACGUAACAGCCUUAAACGCAUCAACGACAAGCUACACGAUGAUCUUGAAAAGCAGGCUAUAAGCAAAGAUCGUGAGCAUAGGCAGGCGAUGCUGGAGGUAGAAAACAAAUACAACAUCCAGAUCGUGGCACUCAACAACAAGAUACAACAAAGUAGUAAAGAGGCAAAUGUGGCUACCACGAAAGUCAGGCAGGAAUAUGAAGAGAGGCUUCGUGUUGCCAACAAAGCAUAUUCCGAUCUCGAGCGCCGCCUAGAAGCAUCAGACAAGGCUCGGCAAGAAGCUGUUGCAAAGGCCAGUGCCCUUGAACAAUCGUGUCAGUCUGCACGCAACGAACUUGCCACAGCCAUUAAGACGCAGCAAAACCUAGAAGCACGCCUCAAAGAAAACGAGACACAAAACAAGAAACUCCAGGAUGAAACUACGACUCUUCAAUCCAGCCUCGACAAACUCAACUCCGAGACCAAGUCAAACAUGGAUAAGCUGAAGUCCGACCACCAAUCCACCAUCGACGAGCUCAAUUCUGAACACCAAUCCGCCAUUGGCAAGCUAAAGUCAGAAUCUCAAUCCACCGUUGAAAAGUUCAAGUCCGAAAUUCAAGAGUUAAAGACUAAGCUUCAAGACCAGACCUGGAAAGUCAAAGACACGGAAGAGAAGCUGCGCAAAGCCGAGAGCAGCGCAAAAUCCAGCAAUAACAAGGCUGUCAAGGACCUGGAGGCUAAGCUUAAGAAGGCGCAGGAAAGUGAAAAGGAGAAGCAGACUGAGCUGGAUGACUUAUUCGUGUUGCUUGGAGAUUUGGAGGAGAAGAGGAGUAGGGAUAAGAAACGUCUCAAAGCGCUUGGAGAAGAGGUCUCUGAUGGAGAGGAUGACGAUGACGAUGAGGAAGACGACGAGGAAGUCGACGAGGAAGACGAGGAAGUCGACGAGGAAGACGAGGAAGACGAUAAGGACGAAGAGUAG